AAUUCCUUAUUUCCUUAGGAUCACAAACGAUCUGAUUUAGUAGUGUUCAUCUUUUUUAAAAGUGUUUUCUUUAUUAAGAGAGAGAUGAAAACAAUUAUAAUAGCAAUAAUUUUAGGAUUUGCAGCAGCACAAGAUUCAAAUUAUGCUCGUAACAAUUAUCACGAAGAUAGACAAAAUCCUCCAACUGAUGAGAGGAGAGGGUCAUUAACAACAACACCUAUUCCAAUUUUACAUUGGAAUAAACAACAAGAACAUGAUGGAACUUACAAAACAAGUUAUGAAACGGGAAACAAUAUUAUCGCCGAGGAGAGUGGUUACAUCAAGAAAGUAGGCGAAGGCGAGGAACAAGGAGAAGCGUUGGUUCAACAAGGAAGUUUCUCAUAUACGAGUCCAGAAGGGAAGCUGAUCACCAUCCAUUAUACUGCCGACGAGACUGGCUUUCACGCGACCGGAGAUCACAUUCCCACGCCACCGCCAGUCAGUGAAGAGAUUCAAAAAGGCCUCGACCUCAUCUUUGCGGGCAUUCGUCAGCAAGAGGAAGCAGAUGCACGUGAGGCAGCUCAAAAACUACAACAACCCUUGAAUCAGCAAAUAGAUCGACGAGAUAAUUAUGAUAGAAAAUUUCGAAAAUGAAAUAAAUAAAAAAUAAAUAUUGUUGACAUAUGUUUUCAUGUAGUAUAAAAAUUAAGUCAAACAAUUAAGUCUUUAAAUUAAGAAUAUUUUAAUAAAAUAAAUUUUAUAAUAAUAUUAUAA